CUCAUUCGUGUUCAACUAAUCGCGAGCAUCUCGUAAAAUUCUCGUAAAUUAAUCAAAAAUCGUGUCUUAAACUCGCUCAAAUUCGCGUAAAUUUGUCUGUAAUCCAUCGUUAACGUGUCAAUCUUAUGGCGAAACAUCAUCCCGACUUGAUUUUUUGUCGAAAACAACCGGGAGUUGCCAUCGGAAGAUUGUGUGAAAAGUGUGACGGUAAAUGUGUUAUUUGUGAUUCUUACGUGCGUCCCUGUACUCUCGUGCGGAUUUGUGAUGAAUGUAAUUACGGCUCGUAUCAAGGGCGGUGCGUAAUUUGCGGAGGACCCGGAGUUUCGGAUGCUUACUACUGCAAAGAGUGCACUGUGCAGGAAAAAGACCGUGACGGUUGCCCGAAAAUCGUAAAUCUCGGAAGUUCCAAGACAGAUUUGUUCUACGAACGCAAGAAAUACGGAUUUAAGCAAAGAUAAGACUUUUUUAAGGUAAGCGUCACAACAUUUUUCUACAACUUUCAUCUAAAUUUGGACCGGAAUUCAUCACAAAGGGAUGUUUUUCUCACAUUUUCCACACAACCAUCGACUUUCGCCGCUUAAAAGGACAAAAAUAGGUUAAGAAAUUUAUUAAAAAUAAUAAAUGUAAUUUAUAGGAA